AUGACAGUGGACGCUCUUGUUCACCAGAUCGUCAGACUCCACUGGGUUUUGUACCCAAUACUAUUCCUUUUGUGCCUUUACACUCGCUUCAACUGGGUUUACGUUCUAGCGUAUACUUUAAUCUUUGCCCUCGACGCCGCUGCACUCUAUGGCAGGGCAUACAAGCUACCGACACGGUGGAUACUGCUCGGAGAGAAUGACGUUGCAUUGGUUACAGGUGGGCUGUCAGGGUUAGGACUCGAGUUGGUCAAGCAGUUGCUCUUCGACUAUAAGGUGAAAAAGGUGAUUGUUUUGGACAUUAGGAAACCGCAAUUCGAGUUUGCCUCAGCAAAGCUUGAGUUUCACAGAUGUGACCUUUCGAGAGAACACGACUUGAACUAUACACUCAAUGCUGUGUUACACAACUUAGACGCUCAGCGCGAGCACAUUUCAGUGCUCAUCAACAACGCCGGAGUGAGAAAUAGCGGGCUGUUUCUAAGUCUAUCUGAAGACCAAAUCCGCCAAACGUUCAAUGUGAACACGUUUGCUCAAAUCACUUCAUUCCGCAAAGUCAUUUCUCAUCACAUCAAACACCAUAAACACUCACAGCUCUACGUUGUAUCUGUGUCAUCGAUAUUGGCCGCCUUGGCACCAAAAAACGGAUCCAUUUAUUCUGCGUCAAAAGCAGCAAUAUACCAAAUUCACGAAAGCCUUACUCAGGAGCUUCAAUCCUUCGCAAACAUACGACUUCUUCUUGUCGCCCCGGGCCAGUUGACUACGGACAUGUUCCGGGACGUGGAACCUAGCAGCCAAUUUCUUGCGCCGCUUGUAAACCACAUUCGUCUAGCUUCCGACAUUUUAAACAGGGCAAACAAAGGAGAAAGGGGGGUUCUUUCUUCUCCUUUCUACGCCAACUGGCUCCCCAUGGUCAAGGUAUUGCCAGUGUUUCUACAAGACUUGUGCCGCUGGUUUUCCCAGAUGGACGAAAAACUUUCGGAUAAGUAG